CCCGCCGGCUGCUCCUCCCAGGACAGGAGAGGCGGCUUCGGCGAUGGACGCGUCCCGGGCGCUGGCAGGUCUGGCCGCGAGUUUGCAGGGCCCACGGGUCGUGCCCAGCCCGGACUCGGACUCAGACACAGACUCGGAGGACCCGAGUACCCGGCGCAGCGCGGCCGGGCUGCUCCGCUCGCAGGUCAUCCACAGCGGACACUUCAUGGUGUCGUCGCCACACAGAGACUCGCUGACCCGGCGGCGCGACCUGGAGGGGCCCGUGGGGCUUGCCGACUUCGGGCCGCGCAGCAUCGACCCCACACUCACCCGCCUCUUCGAGUGCAUGAGCCUGGCCUACAGUGGCAAGCUGGUCUCCCCCAAGUGGAAGAAUUUCAAAGGUCUCAAGCUGCUCUGCCGAGACAAGAUCCGCCUCAACAACGCCAUCUGGAGGGCCUGGUACAUCCAGUAUGUGGAGCGGAGGAAGAGCCCCGUGUGUGGCUUCGUGACUCCGCUCCAAGGGCCUGAGGCUGACGAGCACCGGAAACCAGAGGCGGUCGUUCUGGAGGGGAAUUACUGGAAGCGGCGCAUCGAGGUGGUGAUGCGCGAGUACCACAAAUGGCGCAUCUACUACAAGAAGCGGCUCCGUAAGUCCAGCAGGGAAGGGGACCUCUUGGCCCCAAAGCAGGUGGAGGAGGGGUGGCAGCCACCAGGACAAUGGUGCGAACAGCUCUUCUCCAGCGUGGUGCCCAUGCUGCUGGGGGGCCCAGAGGAGGAGCCGGGCAGGCGGCAGCUUCUGGACCUCGAUUGCUUUCUGUCCGACAUCUCCGACACUCUCUUCACCAUGACUCAGCCCAACUCCUCGCCCCUGCAGUUGCCCCCGGAGGAUGUCUAUGUGGGCAAUGCUGACAUGAUCCAGCCAGACCUGACGCCUCUGCAGCCCAGCCUGGAUGACUUCAUGGAGAUCUCAGAUUUCUUCACCAGCUAUCGCCCCCCACAGACGCCCACGUCUUCAAACUUCCCAGAGCCCCCCAGCUUUGGCCCCAUGGCUGACCCCUUCUUUAGCAGUGGGACCCUGGGCUCGGAGGUGCCCCCUGCCUCUUCAGGCAUGACCCAUCUCUCAGGGCAUGACCACCUGCAGGCUCGGAGCAGCUGCCCUGGUCCCCUGGAUUCCAGUGCCUUCCUGAGCUCUGAUUUCCUCCUUCCUGAAGACCCCAAGCCCAAGCUCCCACCCACUGCAGCACCCCCACCCCUCAUCCAAUACCCUGCCCCUGCCAAGGGGCCUGGCCUGGAGCCCUGUCUCCCACCCCCCUUCCCUCCCGUGGCUCCUCCCCCUGCUUUGCUGCAGGAAGAGCCUCUCUUCUCUCCCAGAUUCUCCUUCCCUACAAUCCCUACUGCCCCCGGAGUGUCCCCACUGUCUGCUCCCACAGCCUUCCCACCUACCCCACAGCCAGGCCCAGGCCCUGCCCCUGCCCCUUUCCCCAUAGACCUUCUACCCUCAGGAUAUCUGGAGCCCCCAUUUGGGCCUCAUGUCACAGUGCCCCAAGGAAUGCCACCCAGAGGCAAGCCCCCCACCCUGUCCCCUAGGGGGCGGAAGCCCAGCCCCCCUGCCUUGGCCCCAGCCACUGCCAGCCCCACUGCCACUGCCGCAGGCAACACCCCCUGCCUCACACAGCUGCUCAGGGCAGCCAAGCCUGAGCAAGCCCUGGAACCGCCACUCGCAUCCAGUGCCCUUCUCCAGCCCCCAGAGUCCCCGGUAAGAUGGCAGGCACUGGGAGGGGAGGGUGAGCCCAGGGGCUUCACCCCAACUCUCCUCCCUUCUCCACCCCAGCAGGAGAUGGUCCCUGAAUUCCCCUGCACCUUCUUACCCCCAACCCCAGCCCCCAUACCUCCUGGGCCACCUCCAGGCCCAGCUACUCUGGCCCCUCCCAGGCCCCUGAUUGUCCCCAAAGCGGAGCGGCUCUCGCCCCCAGCACCCAGCGGUGGUGAGCGGAGGCUUUCUGGGGAGCUCAGUUCCAUGCCAGGCCCUGGGACUCUGCGUGUGCAUGUCUCUCCCCCUCAACCCAUCCUAAGCAGGGGCCGUCAAGACAACAACAAGACUGAGAACCGGCGCAUCACACACAUCUCUGCAGAGCAGAAGCGGCGCUUCAACAUCAAGCUGGGGUUUGACACCCUGCACGGGCUGGUGAGCACGCUCAGCACCCAGCCCAGCCUCAAGGUGAGCAAGGCAAGCACCCUGCAGAAGACGGCCGAGUACAUCGCCAUGCUGCAGCAGGAGCGUGCAGCCAUGCAGGAGGAGGCCCAGCGGCUGCGGGACCAGAUAGAGGAGCUCAACACUGCCAUUACCCUGUGCCAGCAGCAGCUGCCUGCUACUGGGGUGCCCAUCACACACCAGCGUUUCGACCAGAUGCGAGACAUGUUUGAUGACUGUCCUGAACUCCCUUCGCCAGCUGAGCACUUCUACCAGUAUCCUGACGGACCCGAGCCGUAUACCCGAGCAAGCUGCACGGGCAGUCACAGAGGGCUCCCCUGGCAAACCUUUAUAGGGCUGGACGGACCCUGCUGUUCACCCAGCUGCCCAGGGGCUGCUUUCCCUGGGCAACUUCUAGACAGUCCCCUCCUGCUUGAGGCCCUGGCUGUUCCCUUUCCUGAGGCUCAAGCAGGGCCCAAGUCUCUUCCUACCUCCCAGCAGCCAGGAAGAGCUGAGUUCUGGUCCCUGCUCUACCAGCGACUAAUGCUGUGGCCUGGGGGACUCUUACUCCCUCUUUGGGCCUCUGUUUUUCAGCCUGCAAAAUGGGAAUGGGGAAGCUUAAACCAGAAGAAGAUCCCAAGGUCUUAGUGACUAUGACACUUGGUGGCCUAAGCUGGCGACUCAGGGAGAUGGAAGGAGGAGCGGGAUGAUCCUGUUUGGCCGCUACUCUCACCUGCUCCCCAACAGAUAGGGCACAGGCCUCUGUUUUCAAGCGGAGAAGCAAAAAAGGUUUCCUCUCUCUCUCCUUCACUGAGAGCCUGGGGAGCUGCAGGAUGGUAUCCCUGGGUGAGACCAAGAAGGUCUGGUCCCAGGAGAGCAGGGCAGGGGUUGGCCAAACCAGGGCAGCCAUCUUGUGUGUGUGUGUGUGUGAGUGUGCGCGUAUAUUUUAUAAAGAAUUAUUGACCAAUAAGAACAA